AUGUUUUCAGCAUUCAAAUAUUGUGCAAUAGACUAUUUACAUGAGAAUACAGUUAGAAAGAACUUUUACAGAGAUACUUUAUUACUUCGAAUCCCUUCAUGUUUAAAUCAAGAUAAAAAUAUUAUUAACGAUAACUAUCGGCGGCCAUGGACAAAAGUCUCAACUAUUCCAGUCCCGGGAAUGACAGAUAAUUCAAUCUUGGAUGAAUGGAAAACAAAUUUCUGUGUGGAAGAGUUCCUUGAGAAAAGGACAGUUACAGGAAUGAUAAUUAAUGGUGAAUUCGAGGAAAUUGUUCCAAGUUCAAAUCCAAACUCUCCAACUAUAAUAGAAGACGACUUAUUUUCUUACAAGGACUACGAUGAAGUCUUUACACCUAUCAAGUGUUCAGCAAAAUAUGCAGGAGUUCAAUCACAGCAUCAAGAUUUACUUAUUGAUGAUGAAAUGAUUUAUACAAAUAAAUUGAUGACAUACAAAACCCAGCUGCCAACUUCAAAUACUUUCUUGAACAAACUAAAAAUAUUUUUGGUAAAGAACCCUCUUAUAGAUUCCAAAGAGCAGAUCUCCAAAGAAUGUAGUUUCAGGGAAUGUUCUUUUGAAGAACAUUUGGAAGCACUUAUGAAAGGUGAUUUUUAUAUGGAGGAAGAAACUUUUUGCAAAGAGAAACUAGUAGGUUUAAAUAAACCAUCAGUUUUUCCUUCUGACUUUGAAUUCCUAAUAUCUACGAACUCCAAACAAGAAGGUAAUACUCUGUCACCUUCAGAACUGAAGGAAUCUUUAAACUUAAUGCCAGAAAUAAUAAAUCAUACAGAUGAAGAUGAAAAUGAAAAACUUUUCCAAAAAGAUCCAACUACCAAUAUUGAGAUUGAUACUGAGGAUAUAAAAUGGAGCUCCACAGAGAUUUUGGCCAUUGAAAGCCAGAAUGAACCAGAGUGCAAUAAACCAGAACAGUUAGAAAUGCCACUAGUUAAUCUAAGUUUCACAAGGCAAGAUUCUUCAGUGAAGUCAUUAUAUACAAGACUGCAAACUUUUCCAUUUUCUGCUGUUUGUAAAAUUAGUUUGCUUGCUGCUGGAGAAUUGGCUAAUAAAUAUUGUAUGUUAUGGCAACUGGGAAGCUGCAGAAACUCUUGGGUUUCAUUUUUGCUUACAGUGCCAAGAAUUCAAGAACCCAGUGAUCAAUAUUCACUUACAGAUAUAAGAAAUAUCUUUUCUAUCAAAGAAGACAGCCUUGUGAUUAAUCCUGUGAAAGCAAAGUGGUGGAAACAAGCAAGACUAUGUCCAGUAAUAACAGAGACUCUGGAGCAUCUGAAGGCAUACUUGAGUCAUCAUCACCUAUCUUCUAAGACUAAGCUGGAGGUAUUUUUGCCUUCAAAAGUGCUUCAGUUAGACUCAUGGCUAGAACAUAAAAGUUGUUCCUUACCUAUUGUGCCUAUUAAUAAGAGAGCUACCAGUGAUCCUAUAUUACUUCCACGAAAGAGACGAUCUCCAGCAAAAGAAGUACCAGAUCUGUGUUUGUCUGAUGAAUGUAUUCCAGUUAAAAAACCGAAAAAAGAAGAAAAACCAAAGAAUGAUCAAGAAGUAGUUGACAGAAUAAUUCAAAAGACAGCUGGAGAUCACUUUGAAGUUGAAAUCACAACACCAUUUAUUGAAUCAUCUGCCUCUUCAAGAAUUAAAACAGUGUCUUUGGAACACAGUAGAAAAAUGGAGAAUGACUUGGACCUUUUGAGUGAGUUUAUUAUGCUGAGAAAUAAAUAUAAGACUUGUACUUCAAAGACUGAAGUUACAGACCAUGAUGAAAAAGAUGAUACAGAAAAAUGUUCUUUGACUCUUCAAGAAGAAAGUCCUAUUGCUUAUAGUAACAAUACUCCAGAGAAAAUUGAUCAAGAAAGGGGAGAAGAUAAUGUGAUUGAAAUUCAAGCAUCAGAUAUCCAGUGCCAAGCGUACUGUCUCCUAGAAGCAAUAGCUACUCCUAUCUUAAAAAAACUUGUAUGUCUCUGCACAUUCCCUGCUGCUAACUGGAAAUUUGCCACUGUUAUCUUUGACCAAACAAGGUUUUUCUUAAAGGAACAAGAAAAAAUAAUAAGUGAUACUAUUCACCAAGGUAAAAAUUGUGGAAGAGAAAUGACAUUCAAGUAUGCUGCCCUGUUACACCUUCUGGUAACAAUUAGAGAUGUCCUUUUAACAUGCAGCUUGGAUACAGCAUUGGGAUAUUUGUCAAAUGCAAAAGAUGUCUACGAAAGCAUGCUAGGCUCCUGUUUGGAAGAUAUUUGGAGACAGCUGAAGAUUUUACAGUUUAUUAAGGAAAAAAAGCCUGAAACCAACCAUAAGAUACAAGAACUGCAACAUCAAAUACUAAGAUGGAUGAAAAAUCAACAGCAAAUGAAGGUACUGAUAAUUAUAAGAAUGGAUUCUGAUGAAGAAAAGUAUUUGCUCAUUAAAAUCCUUAAGAAAAUAGAAGGUUUAUCACUGACUAUUUUCUGUUCAAAUGAAAGAAAAGAUUUCCUGGAACCUAAAGGUGGCUUAAAUGGCACAAGUUCCUGUGUAAUUGUACAUAAUAAGAAUAUUGGAGCAGAUUUCCCCUGGAGAGAUUUCUCAUUUGUGGUGGAAUACAAUUACGUAGGACACUCUUGUUGGACUAAGCACUGUGAACAGUUGAAUCUGCCUUUCCUGGCUUUGAAAGUGGUCAUUCCAGACACUGUUUUAAAGCGAAGAAUCUUGUUGGAUACAUUUAGUGGUUUUUCUUUGGAAAUUCAGAUUCCAUAUGUGUUUUUUGCAUCUGAAGGACUUCUCAGUGCUCCAGAAAUACUUCAGCUGCUAGAAUCUAAGUAUAAUAUCACAGUAGUGGAGAGAUGCUGCAGUGAGUCAUUGAAGCUCUUCGGAAGUACAGAGCAUUAUGCAGUGGUGACAAUUGAUGAACACACUGCUGUGAUUUUACAGGACUUAGAAGAAUUGAAUCAUGAGAAAGCAUCAGACAAUAUUAUUAUGAGAUUGAUGGCAUUAUCUUUCCAGUACAGUUGUUGUUGGAUCAUAUUGUAUAGCAAGGAAACAUUAAAUUCAGAGUAUCAACUUACAGAAAAGACACUUCAUCAUCUCGCACAGAUUUAUGCAGCUUUGGUUUCCCCUGGUCUUAAAUGUGAAGAACUGGAUAUAAAGUUAAUAAUUAUCCCAGGCAUAGAAGAGACUGCAUUGGUAAUUCGACAAAUUGCUGACCAGAAGUUAAUGACCUCGAAGAGAGAUCCUCAUGAAUGGUUGGAUAAAUCCUGGCUUGAAGUUUCACCAUCUAAGGAAGAAAUGUACCUACUUGAUUUUCCAUGUAUUAACCCCCUUGUGGCUCAGCUCAUGUUAAGUAAAGGACCCUCAUUGCACUGGCUUUUAUUAGCAACUCUGUGUGAACUCCAGAAACUCCUACCUGAAGUUCCAGAAAAAGUAUUAAAGCAUUUUUGUAGCAUCACUUCCUUAUUCAAGAUCAGCUCUUCCUCCAUAACUGAAUCACCUCAAGGUUCAUCACCUCAUGAAGAUAAGAAUCAGACUAGUCCUUGUAUUUCCCUGCAUUCACCUCCUGGCUUUUUAGACACUAUCAUUCAAGAACAUAGUGAACAUUAUUCAUUUAAAGACUUUGGAGAUAUAGUGCAGGAAGACACAAAUAGCACUUCAAAUUAUAACCCUUCCUGUAGAGAAAUAAGAGAAAUGCCAUGCAUUUUGUCAUCUGUGACACCCUAUAAUCAGACCAGCUACUGGAGAGACUCCAGGUAUAGCCCUAACAUAGUGCAAAAUAAUUCUUUCCUAAUUAAUACAGGUUCCAAGGAAAUGACUUACAACUCCUUUCCAAACCAGGAUGACUCAGAGUUAGAUGUCUUUUCUUUGGGCCAAACACAAAUAAAUUGUGAAACCAAAAUAUUACCAGUAGAUAUUCAAAAGAGUGUUACCCCUAAUUUUGUAAAUUAUCAGAAAAAGAAAAUACCUGAAGCAACUGGAACCAGAAAUAAAGAAGAAUCUGCCCCUGUCUUUUCACUAGAAGAUUCUCAAUCUCCUCUUUAUUGGAACUUUAAGAAAAAUAUGUAUAGAAAUCAGAAUUAUUCAUUAAAUUCACAAUAUGGAGCAGAGCAGACUUCUUACAACAAAUGGUACUCUCAGAAAGAUGACUUAUUCACUUACCAGCCGAAAUGUCAGUCAGAUGAAUUGGAAGGCUUCCUAUAUGAAAAUGCAAAUGCUGACACUAACAAGAUUUUCUGGAGAGAAUUACCAUCUGUUUCCAGAUUGGAUUCAUUCUGUGCUUCUGAUUCUGAUGUAAAUCAAAACGAAUUUAGCAACCUUUAUUUCUACCAAAGACCUGGACAAUAUUUGGAGCAGAGAAGACUACUUGAGUCUUCAUCUAACUGGGAAGACAGUAAAACACCAACAGAUUUGAUGUAUUUACAACCACAACCCAAAAAACGACGUCUAACAUAUGAAAAAGUCCCCGGAAGAAAGGAUGGACAAACUCGACUGAGAUUUUUUUGA